UCUGUACCAUCAACUAUGGCCGUUCACUAUCUCCCCACUCCGGCUGGCGUCGGUUAUCACUGCCGGAGGUCGACCACGACCGGAAAAUUGGCUCCGCUCCGCCCUACCCCUACCCUGUCCCUUAAAUUCGCCUCUUCACCGAACGGUAAUCCAUGUUCACCGGCGGCGGAAUUUCUCCGACGGCUAUCAGUUUCCACGGUUCUUCUUAUGGGCGCAGGAAUUGGCAGCCUAUGGGCCUUCUCUCCUCCUGCUCUGGCCCUAAUCUCUCCCGCUUCUUCUUCUUCCUCCAUGGCCAAACCGCGUGAAAACCUCGGUACAGAAACCAAAACUGCCAUGGUGGAUCAUGAAAAUUUAGGUGACAUUGAAGACGAAGAUACGAAAGCUGCAUUUGAGAAGUUUAAAUCUAAAUCGUUUGCAUUGACAGUUCCCCUAAGAAUAGUUGCUUUGGAAGGUUCCCUGCCUCCGGUGUGGAUUCGGGAGUUCUUGAAAUCACAAGGAAAGAGAGUGCGAUUUCGUCCAGAGUUUCGUAGGAGUCUCGAAGACAUAUUUCAGGAACUUUCAAAUCCAUUUAAGAAAGGGAAAAUUGCUGCUAAAUCUGCUGUGGCUGCUGAUCUUGUCACUCUUGGUGAUUCUUGGCUGAGUUAUGCCAUCAGCAAGGGGUUGAUCGAGCCCAUUGAAGGAGCCGAACAUCAAGAUUGGUUUCGAGAUUUAAGCUACAAGUGGAAGGUAUAUUUACACAGGAGCUCCGACGGGAGUCUUGAUUCGCAAGGAAAAAUUUGGGCUGUGCCGUACCGGUGGGGCAGCAUGGUGAUAGCUUGUAAUCAAAAGGAACUUCGAAAGCGUAAAUUUGCUGCAAUAGAGGACUGGUCGGAUCUUUGGCGGCCCGAACUGGCUGGAAAGAUUGCGAUGGUUGAUUCGCCCCGGGAGAUUAUUGGAGCAGUGUUGAAACACAUGGGAGCAUCGUAUAAUGCUUCGAGUCUCGACUUGCAAAUAGUUGGCGGAAAACAGGCAGUGUUGGAGCAGCUGGAAUUGCUCGUUCGACAGGUUCGACUAUUCGAUAGUCAGCACUACCUUAAAGCCUUCAGAGGCGGAGACGUAUGGGUAGCCGUUGGAUGGAGCAGCGACGUACUCCCCGUCGCCAAAACCAUGUCGAAUGUUUCGGUGAUGGUUCCUAAGUCAGGCACGAGCUUAUGGACGGACUUUUGGGUAAUUCCAGCGACCUCGAGAAUCGAUUCGGACAAAUUCGGCGGGAGAGUCCGAGGGCCAUCGCCGCUCGUCGAGCAAUGGCUCGACUUUAGUUCGCAACCCGAGAGAGCCGUGCCAUUCAAGGAAGAGAUCGUUGCGGGUGCAUCGCCAAGUUCGUUUAAUGCCGCCGGCGGAGAGACCCGAGAACGGAGAAAAGGGAGGCCGGAGCUGGAGACUAAUCUCGUCGCCAAUGUUCCCCCGGCCGAUAUCUUGUCGAAAUGUGAGCUUCUGGAACCGUUGUCCGAAGAUGCAUUGGCUGAGUAUCAAUGGCUUAUAAGCAGAUUGCAGAAACCCGGCGGCGGCGGCAUCGUCGAUCGACUGCGGCAUUCCGCCGCCGCCGCUGCCCAGAAAGUUUGGCCGGAGAAGGAAGUUUAACGUUGUUUGAGAUCAUCGUCGUUCUGUCUUAUUAAUUUAAACGAAUUUGAGACGGAAUCGGUUUGGAAAUUUUUUGUCAAAAGGAAAUGCAUAAUUCAAUCAGAUUUAAAAUCAUAAAAUUCAUUAACCCAUUUCAAAUAUAAAAAAAAUGAACUUUCUCGGACAGGGCAAGAUUGACUUUUCGUGUCUGAUUAAAUAUUUUAGACGGAUUGAAUAUUUUAGCUCUAAUUUGUUUAUUAUUGUG